UGAACCAUCGUGUUUCCUUACAGAAAAACCAAAAACGAACACCAAUAACCAUCGAACUCCAUUAUUAAACUAACAUAAACUCUCCGUUCCACCGUCAUAACAGAGCCUCCUACUCCAUUUGCAACCACUUCAUUCACCGACAAAGAAUGCUUCAGUUUCGGUUAAAACCCGUAAGGGCUUUCGCAGCGAAGCCGUCACCGUUGGUGGCUUUCGUCACGGUAAUCGUCAUUGGAGUGGUGGGAUUUUAUUCCCUGCAUUUCCCUUUCCGUUCCGCCACUUCCCUCGACGCAUCGCGCUUCGGCCACGUGUUCCUCUCGUCCUCCUCCAACGCCACGAUCUCCAACUACCUGCGGGCGCUCACCCUGCACCCUCACCUCGCGGGAACGAAACCCGCCUCCCUAACCGCGCGCUACGUGCUCAACCACUUCACUGCCCUCGGGCUCCGAACCAGCACCGCUAAGCACCGCGUGCUAUUGUCCUACCCGCUGCGCUCCUCUCUCUCGGCGCAUUUUGGUGACGGUUCGAGUUUGGAGUUUCAGUUGGGGGAGGGAGAGGGGGACGGGGAGGUGGUGGCGCCGUACCACGCGUACUCGCCGUCGGGGUCGGCGUGGGCUGCGGCGGUGUUCGUGAACUACGGGCGGGAGGAGGACUUCCGGUUGCUGGCGGCGGCGGGGGUGAAGGUGGCGGGGUGCGUUGCGGUGGCCAGGAGCGACGGGGGAUUGGGGCGUGGGGCGGUGGUGGAGGCGGCGGAGAGGCAUGGUGCGGCGGCAGUGAUGGUGUUCAGGGAGGGGGACACGUGGCCCCGAGGUUUUGAGAGGGGAUACGUGAUGAGAGGGGGGAUUGGGGACCCGCUGAGUCCUGGGUGGGGUGGGGUGGAUGGCGGCGAGAGUUUGGGUUUGGAUGAUAGUGAGGUUUUGAGAAGGUUUCCUAAAAUUCCAUCCAUGCCUUUGUCUUUUGAGGCUGCUGAGAGGAUCUUGGCCUCUCUUGGUGGAGCUCCUCUGCCGUUGGAUUGGAGGGGUACCCUAAAGUCCUCCAAGGUUACGAAUGUUGGUCCUGGCCCCACCAUCCUCAAUUUCACUUAUGAGGGAGAAAUGAAAAUGGCUACCAUUGAAAACGUUUUUGCCAUUAUCAAGGGACGGGAAGAAUCUGAUCGCUAUGUUCUGCUCGGGAACCAUAGAGAUGCAUGGACAUAUGGUGCUGUUGACCCCAACAGUGGGUCAGCUGCCCUACUUGACAUUGCUCGUAGAUAUGCUAUUCUAUUGCGUAUGGGGUGGACUCCACGGAGGACCAUCGUUCUAUGCAGUUGGGAUGCAGAAGAAUUUGGAAUGAUAGGAUCCACAGAGUGGGUUGAACAAAACCUUGUUAAUCUUGGUUCCAAAGCUGUAGCAUACCUUAAUGUAGACUGUGCUGUUCAAGGGCCUGGCUUAUUUGCUGGAUCAACUCCUCAGCUAGAUGAUCUCCUUCUCGAUAUCAUCAAAGAGGUCAAGGAUCCUGACUCUGAUGAGGGUACAACGAUAUAUCAGAAUUGGGCAGCUGGUGGUGGAAAAUCUAAUAUUCAAAGGCUGAGUAGAGUUGAUUCUGAUUUUGUUCCAUUUGUGCAACAUGCAGGGGUUCCAUCUAUUGAUAUGUAUUAUGGAAAAGAUUAUCCUGUUUAUCACACUGCUUUCGACUCCUACAACUGGAUGACAGAGUUUGGAGAUCCAUUCUUUCUGCGCCAUGUAGCUGUCAGUGGAAUUUGGGGGCUACUAGCACUUCGUCUUGCUGAUGAUUCCAUUAUACCUUUCAAUUAUGUGUCUUAUGCGGAUCAGUUACAGGUGUACAAUGACAUAUUGAGCAACUUGUUAGACAAGCAAAUUUCUCUACAUCCACUAACUGCGUCGAUUCAAGAAUUUGCUUCUGCUGCCAAAGAAGCUAAUGAGGAAUCAAAGAAACUGAGACUGCAAGAAAACAAAGAUGAUUUUGUGGAUAUGAAGAUACGAGCAUUGAAUGAUAGAUUAAUGCUUACGGAAAAAGGUUUCUUAGAUGUUGACGGGCUUCCAGGAAGAAAAUGGUUCAAGCAUCUUGUUUUUGGGCCUACCAGAGACCAUGAAAGCAAGUUGGAUUUCUUCCCUGGAAUCGCUGACUCUAUGUCUGAGAUGUUUAAAAUGAGUGAAAAAGAAAGGCUGGCAGCAAUUCAACAUGAGCUUUGGAGGGUGGUUAGAGCUAUUCAAAGAGCUGCUUCAGCACUAAGAGGAGAUUUGGCCUAAAAUUAGUGGAAAAGAUGGAAAUAUUUCUCUUAGUUGUACUGGAAAUCAGUUUCUAUUAUUGUUUCUUUGAUGAGAAUUCAAUUUUGUAGUUUUUACUAUUAUUAUGUGGAAUCGUUUUUACUGGUUUACCUUUCCUUUAAA